ACGUGCAAUGAGCAUCUCAAGCCAAGUAAAAACAUUUGUUUACUUCGAACAAAAAAAAAUAUAGAAAAAAGAAAAACCCAGAAGUCAAAUACUGAUAAUCUAGUGGUGACUACUACUAAAACUUAUUUUGAUCAAACACAUUUUUUACUUGCAUCAAAUCCGAGAUCUCUUCCACUUUUGCACAAAACCCUAGAUCCAGACCUCCCCCAACAAUGGCGGACGAGAAGAAAUCCAAGCAGAGACAUCGGACCAUGGUCUUGGAGUCGAUGUAUCCAGUCUUAGCGCUAAUGCUCAUACUCGUCGCUUGCGUCGAGCUCUGCGACGCCGCCACUGUUGUCGAUGUUUACCGUCUUAUCCAAUACGACAUCUCCGGCGUUCCUUUCGGCUCUCGUUUCUCCUCUCUCAACCACCACGCCGCUUCCAUCAGCUUCCAGCGCGGCGCCGAUUUAUCUCGCUCUGUACUUAUCCUCCCACUCCGGGAACUCGAUAUCGGUUUCGUUCAAGAGUACAUCUCGCAAAAGCAGUCUCUUGGAGGAUUGUUGAUUCUGCUUCCCCAGACGUUUAGACCUGGAAAUGUUGGUGGUGGUAAUCUAAUCUCUGAAACUGAAGGGUUCAGGAAAUUGUUAGCUCAGCUUGAGAAGAUACUGGUCCAUGGCAACAUACCUUUUCCUGUGUACUUCGCGUUUGAGAACGAAGAGACUGAUGCUAUGUUGGCUGAUGUGAAGAAAAAUGAUGCACUUGGUCAACAAGCUACUGCAACCACUGGCGGAUAUAAGCUUGUUAUCUCUGUAUCAGAGCCUAGGAAAGUUGCAUCUCCCACCAUCACAAACAUUCAGGGAUGGCUUCCAGGAUCAAGAGCAGAGGGAGAUUCAAACCAGCUUCCAACGAUUGCUGUAGUUGCAUCCUAUGAUACCUUCGGAGCUGCUCCUGCAUUAUCAGUUGGAAGUGAUAGCAAUGGAAGUGGGGUCGUAGCACUUCUUGAAGUAGCUAGACUAUUUUCCAUUCUGUUCUCAAAUCCUAAGACAAGAGGAAGAUACAAUUUACUUUUUGCACUGACAUCUGGCGGACCCUACAACUAUGAAGGAACUCAAAAGUGGCUGAAGAGCCUUGAUCAGAGGAUGCGUGAGAGCAUUGAUUAUGCCAUUUGCUUGAACAGUGUUGGCUCUUGGGACAAUGAAUUAUUGGUUCACGUGUCAAAGCCUCCGGAUAACGCCUAUAUAAAACAAAUUUUCGAGGGCUUCUCUAAUGUGGCAGAAGACUUGGGUUUUCAAGUUGCUCUGAAGCACAAGAAGAUUAAUAUCUCUAAUUUAAGAGUUGCUUGGGAGCAUGAACAGUUUUCAAGACUUAGAGUAACUGCAGCCACUCUAUCUGAACUUUCGACUCCACCCGAGUUACUGGAAAGUGCUGGAAGUCUGUCUGACACAAGGCAACUUAUGAGCGAGGACGCUAUCAUUAAAGGUGUCAAGUUGGUGGCUGAAAGCCUUGCGAGGCAUAUCUAUGGUCACCAAGGAAAAGACAUCAAGAUUUUUGCGGAUGACAGUAGUUUGGCUGUAAAUCCGUUUUAUGUGAGAUCAUGGUUGGAUCUAUUGUCACAAACUCCUCGAGUGGCACCGUUCCUAUCAAAGAACGAACCAUUAAUCAUGGCUCUGAAGAAGGAACUGGAGGAUUAUACGGCUGAAGUGAGUGUUCAACAUGAAUCUUUAGACGGAAGUUUCACUUUUUACGAUUCAACAAAGGCUAGCCUUAACAUAUACCAGGUGGCGAGUGUAACGUUCGACUUGCUCUUGCUUCUGGUGUUAGGAUCAUACUUGAUAGUACUAUUCAGUUUCCUCGUAAUCACAACUCGGGGUCUUGAUGACUUGAUAAGCUUAUUCCGCCGGCCUCCUUCCCGGAAAGUGAAAAUGGCUUGAUUCUUCCGUUCCCGGGCGGUAAAUUUAUAUUCUUCAUCUUUCUUUUGGCGAUUCACUCUCAGAUUUGUUUAGUGAGUCGUUAAGAAUUUGAACCAUGAAGAAUUCACGAGAGAAGAGGCAAAAGAAAAUGAGUGUUCAGAAUGAGCUUUUGGCCCCACCUUCGACUAUUUUGUUUCUAGUUGUAUGCAUCUUGUUAUUUUGUGUGGGCGGCAAAGAAAAUAAGUUCUAACCUUUGUAGCUUUUUCUUUGGUUAAAAUCCCUUCUUAUGUCUUUUUCUUUUUAAUUUAAAGAAAUUGCAAUAUCUACCUAUACAUCAUAUCUAUUACUAAUAUAGGUGAUGCCAAAUGUCUCUAAGACCAUCUCCAUUGGGGAACUCCAAA